GAGCAAUAUUCUCUACGUAUACGUAGUAAUCAAGGUGCACCUCGCAAGGGGAGAUCGCCAUCAGUCUUCAAAGGCAUUCCCUGUCCACCACGUUCUCCACGCUGCAAACCUCAAUAUGUUAAGCUCCCAUCAAUCCAAAUCCAGCUCGAGCAAGUCCAAGGCGAGCAACUCCAAGGAGAAGGCCAAGUUUGGCAAAGAGAAGGAUAAGAAGUCUGGCAAGGAGAAGAACAAGACCAAAGCGAAAACGAAAAUACAACACAUCAGCCUCUACUGUGCCGUUUAUACACCACAGUUUGGAAACUACUACCACUGGGCCUUUGCAACCCACCACGAGGCAACCGACGAGUAGAACGUAUUCCAGGUUGUACAAGACGAAGAAGAUGGCCCUUUCAGCCCUGACUGUCGUGAAGUCAAUCCGUUGGAUUCACAAAGGUGCCGUCAGCCACUUACAGUUCUGGGGCAGAUGCACCCAGGCUGGUGGGACACCUGCAUCGGAACUGUUCGGACGAUUCCAAUUCCUGGGGAGGGUCUGUCUUGGAACUGCCAGGACUAUGUUAUAGAUAUAUGGGAUGCCAUGCUUGCUGGAGAGAUGAUCAACGAGGAAACAUGGGCUGAGGGCAAAGAAAGGAUGUUCCCCUUUUACGGUCAGAAAUUUGGUGGCCAGGAAAGUGAAGAUGGCAGUAGCGAGGAAGAGGAAGAAGGACGGCAGGGACAAGCACCAUUGUCAGAGGAAUUUGUACUUGAUUCGAGUGAAUGAAGUUUGGUGGCCUUCUUAUUUUCCCUCCUAACACCAUCCUUGCCUGUUUAUGUUAUAAUCCUCUGUUGUCUUGGUUAAAUGAGAGAUGAUUCCAUGAGAGUUUGUCAUAGCCGGGAACACACAUGCGAGUGAGUUUGGAAAGGGACAACGUCAGUCCCAAG